GAAAUUAAGAAAUUCAUCAAGGGUGUUUCUGAGAAGAUUAAAAAAACUAGGGACAAGUAUGGCAUCAAUGACAAUGGCACAACAGAGCCACGAGUUUUAUAUCAGUUGGAUAGGAUUACUCCAACACAACUAGAGAAGUUUCUAGAGACUUGUAGGGACAAAUACAUGAGGGCACAGAUGGAGCCUGGUUCCGCAGUAGGAGCUCUUUGUGCACAGAGUAUUGGUGAGCCUGGCACACAGAUGACACUGAAGACUUUCCAUUUUGCUGGCGUUGCUUCAAUGAACAUUACCUUGGGUGUGCCAAGAAUCAAAGAAAUCAUUAAUGCUUCAAAGGCUAUUAGCACUCCUAUUAUAACAGCACAGUUGGACAAGGAUGAUGAUCCUGAUUUCGCCCGACUGGUUAAAGGAAGAAUUGAGAAAACUUUAUUAGGAGAGAUUUCAGAAUAUAUUGAGGAAGUUUUUCUUCCAGAUGAUUGUUUCAUCCUAGUGAAGCUGUCUCUAGAACGCAUUAGACUCCUGAGAUUAGAGGUGAAUGCAGAGACUGUGCGCUACUCUAUUUGCAUAUCUAAACUCAGAGUAAAGCCUGGGGAUGUUGCUGUCCAUGGAGAAGCAGUUGUAUGUGUGACUCCUCGUGAAAAUAGCAAGAGUUCAAUGUAUUAUGUAUUGCAGUCCCUGAAGGAAGAACUACCGAAGGUUGUAGUGCAAGGUAUACCAGAGGUUUCCCGAGCUGUCAUUCAUAUUGAUGAACAAAGUGGAAAAGAAAAAUAUAAACUUCUAGUCGAAGGUGAUAAUCUGCGAGCUGUUAUGGCUACUCACGGAGUGAAAGGAACAAAAACAUCCUCAAACAACACUUACGAGGUAGAGAAGACGCUAGGAAUCGAAGCUGCUCGGACGACCAUUAUCAAUGAGAUUCAGUAUACAAUGGUGAACCAUGGUAUGAGCAUCGACAGGAGACAUGUUAUGUUGCUGUCUGAUCUAAUGACUUACAAGGGUGAAGUGCUGGGGAUUACUAGGUUUGGACUGGCAAAAAUGAAGGAAAGUGUGUUGAUGCUGGCUUCUUUUGAAAAGACUGCGGACCAUCUCUUUGAUGCUGCCUACUUUGGACAGAAGGAUUCUGUUUGUGGUGUUUCUGAGUGCAUCAUCAUGGGAAUUCCGAUGAACAUUGGAACAGGACUUUUUAAACUGUUGCACAAAGCAGACAAAGAAUCAACCCCUCCUAGGAGGCCUCUGAUAUUUGAUAAUAAUGAAUUUCAUAUUCCCAUUGUUACAUAGCCUUUGGACAUAAUAGAAG